AUGGCGUAUUUGAACCGUGCCUUGCCUACCAUCGCCGCUCACUCGUCGCUAUCGCGCUCGCCUUUCACUACAACCCUCCCGAUCUCCCCUCCCAUUCCGUCGCCCUCCCCUUCUCACGUUCUUUGGCCCGUCGCUCUCACUGUCGCCGCUCUCCUCCCGUCGCUCUCACUUUCUCCGCUCUCCUCCCGCCGCUCCCGAUUUCUCUGCUCUCCUCCCGUCGCUCUCACUUUCUCCGCUUUCCUCCCGUCGCUCUCAAUUUCCGCGCUCUCCUCCCGUCGCUCUAACUGUCUCCGCUCUCCUCCCGUCGCUCUCACUUUCUCCGCUCCCAUCCCAUCGUUUUCACCAUUUCCCUUCUCAUCCCGUCGCUUUCGUCCUUUCCCUUCCCGUCUCGUCGCUUUCGUCCUUUUCCUUCCCGUCUCGUCCUACCGACUUUCUGGUGUUCUUCGCUCCAAUCCCCUCGCCCUCGAUUUUUCCGCCCCCCUCCCAUUACCCUCGCUGUCGUCUCUCCCUUCCCAUUGCCUUCCCUCCCCCCGUAUUUCCCCUUCCCUUACCCGUCGCUCCCUUCCCGUCGCUCUUUCUCUCGUCGCUCCCUCCCCGUCGCUCCCUGUAACGCUUCCCUCCCUUCCCGUCGCUCUUGCUCUCUCCCCUCCCUUCCCGUCGCUCUCUCUCUCGCCGCUCCCUUCUGGUCGCCCUCGAUGCACGCGUCCUCUCACACCCCCCAUCCCCCACCCCAUCGCCAUCCUGCUCGUCACGAAACGCCCUCCCAUCCCCCACCCACUUUCUCCUCCCAUCUCCUGCCUCGUCGCCUUCGCACUCUCCCUUCCUCUCGCCGUUCUCCCCCCCUCUCCUGUCGAGCUCGCUUUCUCUCCCCCGUCACAAUUCCCGUCGCCCCCUCCCUCUCACUCCUCUCGCCUCCCCUCCGAAACACCCUUCCCGUCGCCUUCGCGCUCGCACUGA